AUGGGGAAUUCGAGACUUGGUUUUGCACUAUUAAUGCUAGUCGUUAUUUUGUGAGUAGCAAGCAGUAAUGCAAUACAAAUGAUUUUCAAAAAUAUCAGCUUUAAUAAGCCUUUUUUCUUGACUUAUUUUUCAACCACGAUGUUUUCUAUCUAUCUGAUCACUCUUUUGUGGAAGAAGAACCUUUUAAUUGAAAGCAGCCAAGAGAACUUCUAUUUAAUUGCUAAAACUGCUUUGAAAUUUUGCCCUCUCUGAUUCUUUGCGAAUUAUUUCUUCAAUCUUUCAUUAGGGUUAACAAGAGUAGCAUCAAAUACAGUAAUUAGUUCUUCUUCAAGCAUGUUUACAUUGAUUUUCUCAAUAAUUAUUUUGAAAGAAAAACCAGUUUUGCUGAAAUUUGUAUCAGUGAUAAUAGUGAUAAUGGGAGUUAGUUGUGUGGCUUUGUCUGAUACUGAAGGAAUUGACAGUUUUGUAGGUGAUGCUUUCGCUCUCCUUGGGGCCAUUGUAUAUGCGACUUAUAGUGUGUUUUUAAAAUCGCAAGCAGUUUCUUUAGAUAUGACUGUAUUUUUUGGAUGCGUAGGAGCAAUUAAUGCAAUAGUUUUGCUGCCUGGAUUAUUAUUUGUUAAUUUUAGUGGAAUUGAAGAAUUUGAAUUUCCAAAUUCAAUGAUUAUUGGGUUCUUAGCUUUAAAUGCCCUUUUCGGAACUGUACUAUCAGAUUUAUUAUGAGCCUUAAGUGUUAAGCAUCUUAAUCCUGCGCUAUGCACAGUUGGGUUAUCUUUAACUAUUCCUUUAUCAAUGACUGUUGAUAAGAUUUGGCAUGGAUAUUCUUACUCCUAUCUUUAUUUAAUUGGCGCUUUGAUGAUUGUCUGUGGGUUUAUUAUUAUGUCUUUAUUCGAGUAUCCUAAAGUUGCAGAGAAGUUCAAUUCAUUUAAUAUUGAUUCAAUUUUUCAAGCAAAGAGAAAAGGGGAAAGAAAAAAUCUUUUAAGUGUAAGUGAGAUGUCUAAAAUUGUGUCUUAUUGGAUGUCAUAA